AAAUUACGGUAUAACCUCUGUACUCUGUGAUAUGUAAUUUAUUCAGGAUUUCAGUUCUAUUAAGUUAUUUUAUUUAUAAUAACUAUUAGAAAGAAACGUAUGGAACAAAUCCAGUUGAUUAUGCUUUAACAAGAAUAGUUUCGACGGAAAAUUCAAAUUUUCAAUCUAGACUCUGUGAACUGUGAAAUUGUGAAGCAGACAUUCGCUCUAACCACACAUUUCGUAAAAACUGCUCGUAAAUAUUAAGUGUACAGAUAGUAAUUUACAAUAAAAUAUUAGUCUUAAAAGCCGAAAAAUCUAAAGAUGAUUGAAAUCACUUGCAACGACAGGCUGGGCAAGAAAGUUAGAGUGAAAUGCAAUCCCGAGGACACAGUAGGAGACCUGAAAAAACUGAUUGCUGCUCAAACUGGUACCAAAUGGGAGAAGAUUGUUUUGAAAAAGUGGUAUACCACCUUUAAAGACCACAUUCAACUUCAGGACUAUGAAAUCCACGACGGAAUGAAUAUUGAGCUCUACUAUCAAUAAUUUAACGAUUAUAAUCAAUUUCUGAUAUAAGUUAGCUGUAAGUUCAGUUACACAUAUAGUAAUUUUUCUUUUCAAUUUAAGUACCAUUUGUCGUAGCCACAUGUUUCAAUCGCACAUUUUACCUUCACAAAAUGUUACAAGACAUGGAUAUUAAAUUUUAGAAAUUAACUUUCUGGGACGAAUAUAAUGUAUUGGGUGUAUAAUAAUCAUAUAAAUAAGUUAACUAUAGGAUAAUGUUAAUACAUUAAACAAUAUAAAUUUCUUACUUUCCAAAGAAUGUUUGCUUCAAUAUUUACUAAUAUAUAAUUGAUGCGAAUUGAAUUGAACAAAUAUGAAAUGUGUUGCUAUUAA